AUGACCUAUGGUCCUCAGAGCUAUGUUGACAUGCAUUAUGGUAUUCCCAGAAGCUAUGCUGAGCGUAGAAGUAGUGCUGCCAGCUAUCAAAAUGAGUGCCACCAUGUUCUGCCCGUCAGCGAAGACCUCUUAAAACCAUUCUGUGUGGGUGUUGACCCUGAGAUCCAGAGACUACGAGUUGAAGAGAGGGAACAGAUGAAACAUCUCAACAACCAGUUUGCUUGCUUCAUAGAGAAGGUCCGAUGCUUACAGCAGAGAAACCAGGUGCUGGCAACGAAAUGGCACUUCCUACAGAAGCACGUGGCCCUUCCCAAGAGAGAUCUCAAGCCCCUCUUUGAGAACUGCAUCUCCAACCUGGGCAAGCAGCUGGAGUUCCUGAUGAGCAAAAAGGAACAAAUAGAAGCAGAGCGGCACAAGAUACGCCAGAAGGUUGAGGAGUUUAAGAGCAAGUAUGAGGAAGAAAUCAAGCAGCGCAUGGCCACAGAGAACGAUUUUGUUCUACUGAAGAAGGAUGUAGACAGUGCUUUCAUGGACAAAGUGAAGCUAGAAGCCAAGGCAACAGCAAUGAAAGGGGAGAUCGAAUUCCUGAGAUGUGUGCAUAAUGAGGAAAUUGAGCUACUUCAAGAACAGAUUCAGGAAGCCGCCGUUCUUAUGCAGAUGGAUAACAGACAGGACCUGGAUGUGACCUCUGUCCUCCAGAAUGUGGAAUCCUGGUAUCAGAGUGUUGCACAGCGGAGCAAAGAAGAAGCUAAUGUUUUGUACAGAAGCAAGUACCAAGAGCUCAAGAAGCAAAGAUGCCAGAUGUAUCAGGAUCUGAAGACCUUCAGAUGUGAGAUUGGGAAACUGAGCUGGAUGGUUCAGAGGCUGAAGAGUGAAACAGAGAGAAAAAAGAAACAGGUUGCUUGCCUGCAGUCCGCCAUUUGCGACGCCCAGCAGCGUGGUAGCUGUAGCCUUAAAGAUGCCCAAGACAAACAGGAUGAACUGUAUGGUGCUUUGCAGAACUCUAAGGAUGACCUGGCCUGCCUGCGGCAAAGCUAUCAGGAGCUUCUCCAAGACAAAAUGGCUCUGGAUAUUGAGAUUACCACAUACAAGUCACUGCUGGAAGGAGAGGAAACCAGGUUAUUUUCUGGAAAUCAUAGGAAUGGAGUGGUAUUCUCUAACCCAAGCAAAGGCGUUGGUGGCUGUGUCAGUGUCCUUGGGUACAGUUCUCAAAAUGGAAGGCUCAGCAGCAGAAGUGGAGAAUACAGUUCUGGAAGUCGAAGAAACGGAACAGGCCACAGAGAUAAAGACUGCUACAAAAUGGGAUGCAUUGCUAGAAAGAUUUCUAAAAAUGUGGCUAAUCCAUGUACCUCUGGAGGUGAAGAUUCCAGCCCGGGUGGUGGGUGUUAUUCUACCAAGGGUUGUGGCAACAUCUUCAGAGAUUUCCAGAGGCACAGAGGUAGCAAUUGUGUAGCUGGUGGAUAUGGCACUGCCCAUGUUGGAAGAUGUGUGUGUGACUACUCUAGGGCCAGUAAUUCAGUGGAUAUCUGCUAGCCCAGGCAUCCAAGUCACUGCAGUAUGAAAAUGUCAGCAGCCCCCUCCUUUUUCACAAAGAACAUCCAGCUGUAAGAAGGACAAAGCCCUCAAAGCCAGAACGAAGAAACCAAAGAUUGUAUAAAAUAAACGCGUGGGCCUGGGAAAUGUCCAAUGCUGCAAGACACGCAGCAUUCCAAAAGGUAUGCUGCUCGUCUUGCACUUGCCAAGUAUUACAGAUGAGAUUUCAGCCAUUGUAUUCACUGUUCCAAGUGAAAAUGGCAUUGCCUUCUUUGUCUCCUCCUUUGGAUUCUAUUCAAGGAUGCCACCUAAGCAUUUAAUGUUCCCUUUGUUGCAUCCAUUCUCCACUCCUCCUUAAUCCUUUAGCCAGAAGGGAUCUCUGAAAAUCAUGCCAUUGCCCUCUCUUGUGUUUCCUUUCUCUACUCUCUGGUUCAGUGUUCUUGCCCAGUGCAUUGAGAGAAGUGGGCCUCAGACCACAGACGCUUAUGCCAGAUAAAGCGGGUUAUUCCUCAAGCUCCAUGGGACUCUUUGUUGCUUUGGCAACAACAUCUGCCUACAGAAAUCCUAUUUCCUUCUUGGUGCAUACAUGCAAAUACACGAGAACUAUUGCAUGUGGUGCUGUUCUAUGUUGCUUGGAUAUAAAUGUGAAAAUGGCUAACCAAGUAAUGGUGUGCUUGGUGUUUAUUUGCUAUUGCAUUCCACUGCUUUAAUUUGAGUACAUCA